AUGCGAGAUUUCCAUGAUGGAGAAUUCUGUCGAGGACAUGAAUUCUUUUCAAAUCAUAAGAAUAUCGCCCUUCUUUUGUAUGUAGAUGAUUGUGAAAUCGCAAAUCCUCUUGGCUCAAAAGCAGGGGCACAUAAAAUAGGUCUCAUUUAUUGCACAAUCUUGAACUUGCCACCAAAGUUCCACUCCUUGUUGUCUAACUGCUAUUUGGUCGCAGUCUACAAUUCUGGUGAUGUCAAAACUUAUGGAUUUAAUCCAAUAUUACAACCAUUCCUUGAUGACAUCAAAGAUUUAGAAAAGAAGGACUUCAAGUAA